CGGUUGGCAUGACAUUUCAUUCUCGUCAGGGAUGAUUCAGUAAAACGCUUGUUUCUUUAGGAACUUGCAAUUCCACGUGGCGCCAGAAGCUUCUCCGGGUCUCGACGUAGGGACGAUCGUCACCGUCCAAGUGUACGGAAACCGUCGCGAUGGUUGCAGAGGAUCCGAACGUAUCCCAAUCGGUGCCCCGUAGCAAGUCGGGCCUUUUUGUUCUCUGGAUCGCCCUGCGCUUCGUAAUUAGGGUUCCUCUCCUUCCCCAAAUCCGUGUUUGGUUCUUCGCCCGCCUCCUUUCCAUCGAUCAAAAAGGAAUAUUUUCGCAACGUCGUUCUGCUUCACAUUCGCGUUAAAUUUCUCUUUGCCGUCGAUCGUUCGCGGAAAAUCCGAGUUUUUCAGGGUGGGAUUAGUGUUCUUCAGGAGGUAUGAGGGUCCAUCCGGCUCCGGGGAAGCGGAACAUCACGUUCCGCUGCGACGUGAACCCAGCGGCCUCCGCCGCCGCCGUGCUCGGACGGCAGAAGAAGCUCCGCCGCCUGCCGCACGUCUUCGGCAAGGUCCUGGAGCUCCCCUUUUCCGCGGAGGCGAACGUGGCGGUGGAGGAGGACGCGGCCGGUUUCCGGUUCGUCGCGGCCACUGAUGGCCUCUGGGGCGAGGUGCGAGCCCACGCCAUCGAGAUACACCCCGGGGUGACGAAGGUGGUGAUGCGGGACGGAGGAGUCGGUGACGGCGGCAGGUGCGACCUCGGCCAGGGGCUCGAACUGGACCGGUGGAGAUUCCGUCUGCCGCCGACCACUCGGCCGGCGCUGGCCACCGCUGCUUACGCCGACGGGGAACUUGUGGUGAUCGUGCCGAAGAGGGCCGAGUUCGAAGGAGAUGAUGCAGUAUAAAGGGAUUUCAUCAGCUCUGUAAUUGUGGAUGCGCAAAACCUUAAUCAAAUAAUUCUUUCCUCUUAAGAUUUCA